UGGUUGAGCCGGUCCGCCGGCUUCCUGUCCCUUCCCGGCUUCCGUCCUUUCCUUUCUCGGCGGUAGCUGGAGUUCGCUGCGGCAGUAAUGGCCAAGAUCAAAGCCCGUGACUUACGAGGGAAGAAGAAGGAAGAGCUGUUGAAACAGCUGGAUGACCUCAAGGUGGAAUUGUCUCAGCUACGUGUUGCCAAGGUGACUGGUGGAGCAGCUUCCAAACUCUCCAAGAUCCGGGUGGUUCGCAAAUCCAUUGCCAGAGUGCUGACAGUCAUUAACCAGACCCAGAAGGAGAACCUCAGAAAGUUCUACAAAGGCAAGAAAUACAAGCCCCUGGACUUGCGUCCAAAGAAGACGCGUGCCAUGCGGCGGAGGCUCAACAAGCACGAAGAAGGUCUGAAGACGAAAAAGCAGCAACGGAAAGAACGUUUAUAUCCCCCACGGAAAUACGCCGUGAAGGCCUAAGCCUUGGGCGGUCGCCUCACCAUUGGAAGUCAAGCUAAAAUUAAAAGAAUUUGUCAGAAGAAACA